AUGGACUCAAGAGAUAUCCCACAACCACAGCACCAAGAGCUUCAGACACCACCGGGAAUGUUAUUGUCUCAUUACCCUAACUUUAACAUUAGCACAAUGAUGGUACCUCCUCGUCUAACUUUUGGCUCUCUUGCACCACUCCCGCAGCAGAUGGAUCAGAAAACGCUUGAAUCUCUUGGACACGUGGAAGAAGUAUCUCCUUCUUCUCAACCGAUGCGAUUUGGGAUUGAUCAGAACCAGAAUGAGCAACAACAACAACAAGUGAAGAGGAAGAGAGGAAGGCCAAGGAAAUACGCUCCUGAUGGUACCAUUGCAUUAGGUUUAGCUCCGACUUCUCCUCGUGACGGAGAUAGCGGCAGAGUAAGUACACACUCUGCUGAUCCACCUGCUAAACGAGCCAGAGGAAGACCUCCAGGCUCUAUCAAGAAACAAUAUGAUGCCUUAGCAGGAACGUCAAGAGUUAUGUUUACUCCUCAUAUCAUUGAAGUGAAAGAAGGAGAGGAUAUAUUAUCAAAGGUGGUGGCGUUUUCUAAUGAAGGGCCACAAACAGUUUCUGUUCUCUCUGCAACUGGCGCAGUUUCUGAAAUGACACUUCAUAAUUUUACUCAUAAGGGACGGUUUGAUAUCGUUAAACUCUCAGGCUCCUUAUCCAAUUAUGAGGUAAAUGGUUCCAUCUCCAGAUGUGGUAGCUUGACUGUGACUUUGGCUGAUCCCAAUUUCCAGAUUUUAUGUGGCACUGUAGUUGGUCCGCUAGUAGCUGCAACACCAGUGAAGGUCAUAGUGGGAAGCUUUGUUGAGGAAGCAAAGAAACUGAAACAAAGUACGGGUAACAAUGCUCAGGGACAGAAUCCUGAACCGGCUUCAGGACCAGCUAAUAUCUUGAACUUUGGAUCAAACUCUCAAGGACCAUCAAGCGAGUCAUCAGAAGAGAAUGAAAGCGGUUCUCCUUCAAUGCAGCACAAUGACAACAACUAUAAUGGGAUUUAUGGAAACUCAAUGGCUCAACUGCAACUGAGUCAGAUGCAAAUGUAUAAUCUUUGGCCUAGUAGUGGUCAGUAAACUGAAUUUUCUGCAGAUUCGGUUUUGUUUUGGUGUUUAGGCUGGUUUUGAUCUUUGUUUCCUUUGAGAAGGGUUAGGCUUGCUUGAGGCUUCUUUUGUUUUUUGGAGGUUUUAGAUAAUUAUAGGG